CCGCCUUCCCUGCGCGGUGGAAACUUCAAGCCGCGGCGCGAGGCCGGGCUGCGCGCGCGUGGGCCUGAUGGCUUCCUCGGGGAAGCUCGGCACUUUCCGCCUUCCCCCGUUGCCCACCAUUCGCGAGAUCAUUAAGUUGUUCGGACUGCGAGCGGUGAAGCAGCUCUCCCAGAAUUUCCUCUUGGACUUGAGGCUGACAGACAAAAUUGUGAGGAAAGCUGGCAGUCUAGCAGAUGUUUAUGUUUACGAAGUGGGCCCGGGGCCUGGUGGAAUCACAAGGUCCAUUCUCAAUGCCAAUGUUGCUGAACUCGUGGUGGUUGAAAAGGACACUCGAUUUAUUCCAGGAUUACAGAUGCUUUCUGAUGCAGCACCUGGAAAGCUGAGGAUUGUUCAUGGAGAUGUGCUGACAUAUAAGAUAGAAAAGGCCUUUCCAGACAACGUUCGAAGACAGUGGGAAGAUGAUCCUCCAAAUGUACAUAUUAUUGGAAAUCUGCCUUUUAGUGUUUCAACUCCUCUGAUUAUCAAGUGGCUUGAAAACGUUUCUCUUAAAGAUGGACCUUUCGUGUAUGGCAGAACUAAGAUGACGUUAACAUUUCAAAAAGAAGUGGCUGAGAGACUUGUAGCUACUACAGGAAGCCAACAGCGCAGCCGCCUUUCCAUUAUGGCCCAGUACCUCUGCAGUGUUGAACACCUCUUUACAAUUCCCGGAAAAGCCUUUGUUCCCAAACCAGACGUUGAUGUAGGAGUGGUCCACUUUACACCGUUGAUACAGCCCAAGAUCAAGCAGCCAUUCAAGCUGGUAGAGAAAGUUGUUCAGAACGUGUUCCAGUUCCGAAGGAAGUACUGCCACCGAGGGCUGGGAAUGUUAUUCCCUGAAGCUCAACGUCUGGAAAGCACUGGAAGACUGUUAGAGUUGGCCGACGUCGACCCAACUCUCCGGCCUACCCACCUCUCGCUCAUGCAUUUUAAGAGCCUGUGUGAUGUGUACAGAAGAAUGUGUGAGGAAGACCCACAGCUCUUCACUUACAACUUCAGAGAAGAGCUCAAGCGGAAGAGAAGGAAGGGCCAAGAAGAAGAAGAUGGCGGCCCAGGGAGCUGUGAGUCCUGACUGCGGGUCCUCUGCCCAUGUGCUUAUCUUUCCUUCACUCUGCAAAGAUGAACGCCGGUGCACUACACGCCAUUCUUACUUAAGAAAAUAAAUACGGGGCUGGAGAGAUGGCUCA